AUGGUGUCCACCCCUAAGUUCCGUGAGACUUUUAUCAAUUCAGUCAUUGACUUCCUGCGCCUGUAUAAAUUUGAUGGGCUGAACCUGGACUGGCAAUACCCUGGGUCUCCUGGGAGCCGUGCUGAAGACAAACAUCUCUUCACUGUCCUACUGCAGGAAAUGUAUGAAGCUUUUCAGCAGGAAUCCAUGAAAAGCAGAAAGCAAAGGCUGUUGGUCACUGCGACAGUAGCUGGUGUCAUUUCCACCAUUGAGUCUGCCUAUGAGAUCCCCCAGUUGUCUCAGUUCCUGGACCACAUCCUGAUCAUGACUUAUAAUCUCCAUGACUAUAAGGAGAGAUGCACUGGAGAGAACAGUCCCCUGUACAAAUCCCCAACUGACACUGGCUCCAGCACCUUCCUCAGUGUGGAUUACGUCAUGACGUACUGGAAGGAAAGUGGUGCUGCAGCUGAGAAACUCAUUGUGGGCUUCCCAACAUAUGCACAAACCUUCUUCUUGACUGACUCCUCCAACCAUGGCAUUGGUGCUCCAGCCUCAAGCCCUGGCACUGUAGGCCCCUACACACAGGAACCUGGGAUCCUGGCCUACUAUGAGGUUUGUGACUUCCUGGCAAAGGGAGCCACUGAGGCCUGGGAUGGUCCUCAGGCUGUUCCCUAUGCGUACCACAACAGUGACUGGAUUGGGUAUGACAAUACCAAGAGCUUCAAUAUCAAGGCCUCCUGGCUUCAGCAGAAGGGCUUCGGUGGUGCCAUGGUCUGGGACCUUGGCAUGGAUGACUUCACUGGCUCAUUCUGUAACCAGGGCAAGUUCCCUCUGACUUCCACACUGAAGAAAGACCUCAGAGUGGUCAGUCCAAGUAAGUGA